GUGCAUGGUCCAGGAAAGCUGGAGAAGGCUGUUCCUUCGCCCCGAGCCUUGGAUUUCUUAUCUGUGAAAUGAGAGGCUGCAAUGAUGAAUGGCAAAGUACCUUUUUUUUUUUUCAGCUCUGAGUGUCUAGGAUAUUUCACCAUUGGAAGACCAGCAGACAAUGUCAUGACAACUCAAGAGGAUACAACAGGGUUGCUUCAAAAGACAAGUGUUUGGACCAUGUCAAGACCGGGAGUGAAGAAGGUAAUGAACUCCUACUUCAUAGCAGCAGGCCAUGGGCCAGCAGUUUGCUACUAUGCUGUCUCUUGGUUAAGGCAAGGUUUCAGUAUCACCCUGACUUCUUUUGGAAGGAUCCCUUGGCCUCAGGCUGGAGUGGGCACCUGCCCUAGCCCACAGAGCUGGGUUUCUCCCUUUCUUCAACCACACAGGGAGCACCACUAUGCAAAGACCUCAUCACGUUCACAGCCGUCUCUCCAGAGCCUCGCACUGUGCUUGGCAUACAGCAGGUGCCCAGUAAAUAUCUGCCAAAUGACUGAAUGCAUCUCGCCAGCCUCAGGAUGCCACCAGGCCCUGAGGGAGCCAGAAAGAUCAGAGGAAAGCUUUUGGAUUCCUGCCACGCCUCACAUUAGCAGCAUCUUCUCCGAGUCCUGACAGCCAGCCUCCUGGGACACCAUUUGAGCCAGCUGAAUUCCGGUCACCGCUUCACCUUGGAAAGGCAUCCGCAGCCCUCACCAAGCAGCCCCGUAAUUGACGUCACAGCGGGGCCAGGAGCUGCCCUGUUAAUAUUUUAUGUGGCCUUCACUGCGGCAAAAUGCAGCCUCCAAGAGCUGGAGGGGCCGUGCAGAGUCUCCGUGGGGUUGUGAGGAGGGCACAAAUGGGAAAGGGCUUCAUAAACCAUAAAGCUCCCAACAGAUGAGCAUCAUUGACCCAUUUCAGUCCCUGGCUUAACUCAGAAAGAGCCGGGGCUGCACAUGCCUGCAGUGGAACAAGAAGACUGCUGACUGAGCCCAAGCACUAAAUCAAUGGGGGAUUAGGGGCUCCUGGGUACAUUUCAUGGAGACAGGGGGAGGGCAGAGCACUGGUGCCAGCCAGACCUGGACUCCACUCCAGGUUUGCCCCCUGCACAGCUGUGUGACUGGGUCAGCAAAUGGACCACUGAGCCUCAGUCCCCCUUAUCUGUGAAAUGGGGAUGAUGGUUUCCUUGUAGCACUGCUGUGAGGAUUCAGUAAAACGAGUGAUGCCGAAGACCUAGCUUCACACAUCGCAGGCUGUCAACACAGGCUGAGACCCUUCUCCAAAACCAAGCCUGGCACCUGAGUUUGGAGAGAGGAGAUGCGGGGCCCUUUCAGGCAUUCAUCGGGCAGAGUGAUGGCGGGAGGGAAGAAGGAGCAAGGAGGCACAGGAAGGAUGAUCUGGGAGCCAGGCAUCUCAGGUUUGGACUUUUCACCCUGGUGGGCCCACGCCAGGAGAGGUAUCAGAGAGAGGAUGGGCGGGGGGCCCCAGGAUGGGCGGGGGGCCCCAGGAUGGGCGGAGGGCCCCGGAAGCAGAAGCAGACGGGCCCUCAUGGACAAUCUCUCUGAUCCUCUGGCCCCUUCGGCAGAUGAGCAUCCGGGAGGCAGCAAACCAUGCCGGUGGCUCACACAGCAGAGCUGGGGUCUCACUGGCCUGCAGCCCUCUGGGGCUUCAUGAGCUGGGGUUUAUCCAAGGCCACAUGCCUAGCUGGGGAGGCAGAUGUGUUGGAAGACAUGAUGCAAUGGCCCCAUUCCUGGUGGUGACCUCCACUUCUUUGGCCUGGACAAUAGGAGGAACCUCAUCCCCCGCCCCUUCCUGGUCUCUCUCCAGUCUAUUUUCCCAUGAAUCCUGGGAGCUUCCCAAAAUGUAAAUCUGACCUUGUCCUCACCCUGCUUAAAACCUUUCCAUGAUCCCACACUUAAGGUCUCCAGAGAAAAUACAGGAGGUUCAGUUAAAACUGAAUUUCAAGCUGGGUAUGGUGGCACACACCCAUAGUGCUACUCAGCAGGCUGAGGCAGGAAGAUCGCUUGAGGCCAGGAGUUUGAGGCCAGCCUGGGCAACAUAGUGUAACCCUGUCUUAAAAAAAAAA